CUGUGUCUCCACUAUUGUUCGAGACGGCCGGUUUGUCUGCCGUGUGUGUGCGGUGUAUAUUCCCGUAACGAGCGACCGAGUGUUUUUUUGUGUGAUCUGCGUGUGUGUUGAUAUUCGUGUGUGCGUGCGCGUGUUCGAACCCCGAGUUUAAAUAAACAUCACCAUCGCCCACCGCGGACGGGCUUGUUUAAUUGUUUUUAUUUCUUUUUUUCGAAAAUGUGGUAAAAUCUCGACGGUCAACCAAAUUCGAAACUGGAAUCGUCACCCACCUAAUAUCUUCGUCGUCGAAUUACAAUAAUUAUUGUCGUCACAUCGUCUAGCCGACAUCUACGAACGUCUACCAAAUACAACUGAACAAACAUGCCUUGUUCCGCAGUCACUCUUUCACUAGCCACCAUCACGGCCAUUGUAGCCACCGCUUUACUGGCAAUCGCUUUUUCCACCGACAAUUGGGUGUACUACGAAGUCAGAAGGAAUCAAAUACAAAAUGCCGUUAAUCAGCGUAGUCAGACCUCAGUACUCGAACAAAUGAACAAAUAUUUCUAUUUUACAAGGACGAAGGGUCUUUUUAGAAUAUGCUAUCCCAAGGACAGGCCUCCAGCGGUUGAAACCUAUUUGAGUCCUGUAGAAACACAUUGUAUGAAUGUCGACUAUUUCUUCUUGGAUCCAGAAAAUCAGACACAUGAGUUUUCUGAAGACGCCAUGACCAGAUUGCACAUGGGCAGAUCAACAAUUGCGUUGUUCAUAGUAAGCUUUUUCGUGAUGUUCAUCGCUUUUUGGACCGGAGUUGCGGGUUGCUGGAGACGAUCGCCCGGAAAUAUUACGGCCACUGCAAUUUUAGUAUUAUUGGCAUGUCUACUUAGUGCUGGCGCUAUGGGAUUCUGGCACGGGGUGGAAUACUACGAAAAGGAACGUGUAGUAGGAGAAGAGUUUUACCAGCAGUGGAAUAGUAUACUUAAGGACAACACUCGUAUAUCUUAUGAUUGGUCGUUCUUCAUGGCGUGGACUGGCGUUGCAUUUUCUUUGGUGUCUGCUAUAUUAUUUUCCGGCGCUGCAAUCUGUCUACGAGGCGAACGCGAAAGAGAAGAGGCUCUCAACAUGCAAUACUUAAUGCCUGUUUAUCCACAAAAACAGCAAUAUGCUUACGCUGGAUACCCGACACCAAAUACGUAUCCAUCGGGACCCUACUACCACGGACAGCAGCAACAACAACAACAACCACAAUACGCUGGUCACUACAAUUACUAGGCAAAAUGUUAUAAACUGGACCAGUCAGUUUAAAAUGUUAAUUUGUUUGUCCAGCCAAUAUAUUAUAUACAUUCGCUAAAAACCGAAGAUGUAUAGUUUUAAUAUUAUAUACUUCCUGUGUACAAUUGGCUGGACAUUAUAAAUACUAUUGUUUUAUGAUCGUACAUUUUAAUGCGAUUUUUUUAUAAAUACUCAAAAUAUGUGUGAUCCUAAAACAAUAACUUAUAACUAAUUUAUAAAUACGUUUCUAUAAGCUCAUAUAUUAUUAUACUUGACAGAACUCCACCUAAGUUGCUCAAAAAAAAAAAAAAUAAAUAAUAAUAAUAUUAAAUAAAAAUUAUAAUUAUGAUACAUAUAUUUUUUAAACUAAUAUUAUGUUAUAUCUGUUUGAACUUAGUACUAAAGAUUUUUUUUUAUUUUACAAUUAUUACUUUAUUUUGUACAAUUUUUAUUUAUGCAUCAUCGUUGUAUAUUUAUUGAAGUCUAUGUACCUAUACAUUUUUAGGUCUAUAAAAUAAUUUUAAAUGUUUAGUUUGUAAUACUAAUAAUCUGAAUGGUAUUAAAAUACAUUUUUUAGGCCAAUUUUAGAAAAUUGACAUGAACAUAAACGGGCUGAUUCAUCCAAGUUAGAACAAUUAUAAGGAUCUCCAGACUUUUUUAUUAUUACUAUUUAAAAAAAAUUGUUUAUUUGUGUUUUAAAACAUAGUGAGUUUGCCAUACACAGAUAUACUACGUUAAAUUUGUCGGAAUUCGGCAAUUUAUUCACAUGUAAUUAAUAAUAUUUUCCAAUAAUUAUAAUUGUAUACAAUAUUUUUUCCAUGUCAUGAGUAUUAUAAUUGAUAUUUAUUCUAAUAUUUUAAGAAAUAUUGGUGAGUUGUACAUUUUCAUUUAUUUUAAAUAAAUCAUUCUUCAGAUCACCAUAAA